GGCCGCCCUUGCGUCAGCAAGCCCCUCCUUCGAGUAGCACCGCUCCUUUGAAAUGAUAUAACGAUGAUAUUACUUACUCCUCAUUUUCCUUUCUCUUGCCUUCUCUUUGUUGUAUAUAAGAAACUACUCCGGUUUAAUAUCCAAUACAUUAAGAAGGUGACCUACUGUGCAUUUCGUAAUUAAAAUCUUUCCGAAUACCCUCCACCACUUGGCCUGACCACCCAGCGUUUUUCGUCAGCAUGUCUUCCUUCGCCUCAUCCCUUAACGACCCCACCUUGUUCGUGGAGAAGAGCUACAUCAAUGGGGCCUGGGUGUCAGCAAAGUCGGGUAACACCUUUGGCGUACACAAUCCAGCCACGGACGCCAUCGUUGGCUCAUGCCCCGAGUCUGACGUCGAAGACCUGGACGACGCCAUCCGCGCCGCCGCGGCCGCUUUUCCCCUUUGGAGGGCACAGUCGGGCCGCGCUCGUAGUCGGAUUCUGCGGAAGGUCUUCGAUCUCCUCAUCCAGAACAAGGACGAUGUUGCCAGGAUCAUCACUGCCGAGAACGGCAAGGCCAAGGCGGACGCAGAGACGGAGGCGUUCUUCUCCGCCGGCUUCUUCGAGUGGUUCGCCGAGGAAGCCCCUCGUCUCUACGGCGACAUUGUGCCCCACACGUUUCCCAACCACAGGACCCAUAUCAUGAGGCAGCCAAUCGGCGUAUGUGGGCUGAUCACGCCCUGGAACUUCCCCAUGGGCAUGGCCGCUCGCAAGAUCUCCGCCGCUCUCGCUACUGGCUGCACUGUUGUCCUGAAGUCCGACGGCGUGGCCCCCUUUUCGGCGAACGUUCUCGCGGUCCUGGCCGAACGCGCCGGGCUGCCCAAGGGCGUCUUCAACGUCGUGACGGCCCUGGAGAACACGCCAAAGCUGGGUCUGGUCCUGUGCGAGUCCGAGCUCGUGAAGAAGAUUUCCUUUACGGGCUCGACUCGCGUCGGCAAGCUGCUGAUGAAGCAGUCGAGCAGUUCUCUGAAGAAGCUCAGUCUCGAGCUAGGCGGGAACGCUCCUUUCAUCGUCUUCGACGACGCUGAUCUGGAGACGGCUGUCGCCAGCGCUCUCGUCGCCAAGUUCAGAAACAGGGGCCAGGCUUGCAUCGCCGCGAACCGCAUGUUCGUUCAAGAGGGCAUCUACGACAAGUUCGCCGAGAGACUGGUAGAGGAGGCGCGGAAGUUUAAGGUGGGCAACGGUGCCGACGAAGGCGUCACUCACGGCCCCUUAACUCUCGGCGUGGCUAAAGUCGAGGAGCACGUAAAGGACGCCGUCAGCAAGAAGGCAUCGAUUCUGUUCGGCGGUAACCGUCUACCCCACCUUGGCCAGAAUUUCUUCGAGCCCACUAUACUGGGCGAUGUCGACGAUACCAUGGCGGUGGCGAGCGAGGAGACGUUUGGCCCCUUGGCAGUUCUCGCCAGAUUCAAGACGGAGGACGAAGUAGUCGAUCGAGCCAACAACGUCGAAAUGGGAUUGGCAGCAUACGUCAUGACGUCGGAUCUGUCGCGAUACUACCGCGUCGCCGAGAGACUUGAAUCGGGGAUGGUUGCCUUCAACACGGGCAUCAUUGGAGACUCUGGAGCACCGUUCGGCGGAGUUAAGCAUUCGGGAUUCGGCCGGGAAGGUAGCAAGUAUGGUUGCGACGACUAUAUGGUAUACAAGACCCUGAUUACAGGCAGCAUCAAUACCGUUUACAGUGCGCCAAGCUUGUAAACACUUCCAAGGGUAUCCGAAGGUCAUCAAAAAGUCUUCAGGGACGGAAGUACCGACACCCUCUACACCAACAGCUGGGUAAACAGUAUCAGGUACUAGGUACCUAGUAUAUAGAGAGCCAGCAAGGUUCGGAAUAUGGCAGAUCGACAAGUAAUGAUCGCAUAUCAGGGAAUGAUGAGCCCCUAGCGACAAGGUUUGACGUCUUAGGAAGAAGUCAUCUUGGACUGUGUCUGCACUGAACACCCAUAUCUUGUAUACUAGAUCUUGUCAUCCCCCAUACCCCCAGGGAGUCUAUUCAGACGUAAAAAAAUACAACAACAAUGACUUCCAAAAGUAUCCAGGUAGACACUGGGUUAAGUACCUAACCUAGUAUAAAAAUCUACUAGUUGAGGCAAGAGUUGAGUUGAUUGCGAGAAGAAAAUACUCUAAACAACCGGGGAAUUUGUAAAGUACACACCAGGGCAAACACACUACUCAGCGGGGUGUCACGUGAGCCCUUAGUCCACGUGAUUUCGUUCUAACGCCU